ACCAACCCAGGCAGACAGGCAGGGAAGGGAAGGGAAGGGAAGCGAAGCGAAGCGAGCGGGGUCGCGAGGGAGGGCAGGCGUGACGUCGAGGCGUGAACGCCGAACUUGGCCUUCGCGCUGUUGGUGGAUGCUGUGGGUCGCUCCUCUGAAGCACACCAUGCAGGGGAUGGACGACGCGGCUUGGGAGCGGGCCGUGGAGCAGGCGUGCCAUGGCCAGGCUGCGUUUCAGGUGGAGUCUCUGACGCUGGAUGGCGUGGUGAAGUGCGCGCAGGGCAAGCUGCCGAAGUCCAAGGUGUUGGCUUCGUUGUCGCAGCUGAAGCGGCUGUCGAUCGCGAACGUGGGGCUGUCGUCUUUGGCGGAUUUUCCGUCGCUUGCGCACCUGGAACAGCUGGUACUGAGCGACAAUCGAAUCGCGUCGGGGUUGGAGCACUUGGUGGGCGCGGGGCUGAAGUCGCUGCGAGAGUUGGAUUUGUCGAACAACAAAAUUCAGGCCGUGGAGGACCUGAAGCCGCUGGCGGAGCUGAAGUUGGAGUCGCUGGACCUGUACGAGUGCCCGGUGACGCGCAGCGCGGGGUACAGGGCGAAGGUGUUCGGCAUGAUGAAGUCGUUGCGGUUCCUGGACAAGAGCGACGCGAACGGGAACGAGCGGCCGGAGUCGGACGAGGAGGAGGAGUCGGAGUCGGAGGAGGAGGACGUGGACGACAUGAAUGGCGAUGGCGAUGGCGAUGGCGUGGAGGGCGAGGAGGAGGAGGAUGAGGAGGAGGAGGGCGUGGAGGGGGAAUCGAAGGGCGCGGCCGUGCACGAGGAGGACGACGACGAGGGGGAGGAGGAUGAGGAGGGCGAGGACAACGAGGAGUUGGAGGACGAGGAGGAGGACGAGGGCGGGAGCUACCAAGAAGAGAUGGCGAUGGCGUCGAACCGCGGCGCAGCGGGGCCGGGGCAGGUGGGCAACGAGCACGGCAGCGAGGAGGAGGACGAAGAGGACGACAAUGUGGAGGUGCAAGACAUCGAGGAGGAGAGCGAGGAGGAGGUGGGAGAGGAGGAGGACGAAGACGAGGACGAGGAAGAGGAGUACGGGACGAAGUACCUGGUGCAACCCAUCGCGCAGGCGGAGGAAGAUGAGGGAGCUAGCGACUUCGAGCCCGGUGAGGACGAAGAGGUGGAGGACGAGGAUUUCGAGGACGAAGAAGACGACGUGGUGGAGACGGCACAGGAGCUGGAGGUUGCGAAGCAGAAGAGAGCAAGGGAGGAAGGUGGCGAGAGCGAGCAACGGGCUGCGAAGCGCUGAAGUAGGGUCGUGUGGUAGAGAGGGUUUGAGUUGUCUUGUCCCGCCGCGGGCCGAAUAUGCAGGCUACUGGAGGGAAUGUGAGGCGGGUGGAGCUCCGAAGACGUGGGGGAGGAGGCGCGGAAGGAAACGAGAGGAUUUGGGCCCCGCUAGUGGGAUAAGAGGCUAGAGCGGGCCCAGCCAGGGAUGGGCCCGCAGAGCAGGAGAGUUUAAGAGGUGGCAGGGAGGUGCUGAAAGAAUUCUUUGUAACAAAUGUACAAGUAGCAUGGUAGGGACACGGGCGUCGGGGUGGCAGUCUUUAGGAGAGGUGGCGAGCGGGGAGGUGUGGGAGGGUUGCGGGUGGCGUCCGGUUGGAGCAGAGCGGCGGACGCGCAAGUCUCUGGCGAGUAGGUAGAAUUUUGAGAUAGGUGAUACAAAAUUGAGCCGAUUCUGAGAUGAGAACUUUUGGGAGUUUGGGGCCUCGAUGUAUGUCAAUAUAUGGGGGGGAUGUGUGGAUCUCGUGUCUGGCUGGAUUUUGCGGUUUUUGUGUUGUGGAUAUGUGGAGAGUGUGUAGGUGAUAAUGGUAAGCAUUUGAUGGGGAAGAGAUCGUUGAAUAAAGUGGCUUUUGGACGCACGGUUUGGUCGCAUGGUUGUGGGGUGGUCUGAUUGUGGUAAACUGGAGGAACAGCGUGAGGGUCAUUGAUGGUUUGGGUCGUGGGACAUGUGUGAAGCGCGUCGGGGAGGUGUGUGCGGUGGAAUAGAUGGGCUGUGCGGGUGGGGAAUUUUGGUAGAAGUUAAGAAGUGGCUUGAGGUGCGGAGGAACGGGAAUGCACGAUAAGCGGUCUGUGAAAGGCAGAAUUGGAUAUGCCUUGGAAUCGCACCGAAAACUGCUUGUGUUGGAUUCUUUCUUGAGAUUAAUGUAUUAAUUAAUAACUUUUGGCUUGCGAGUUUGAGUGACGAUCUGCUGUUGGUAGUACACAUUGUUCCAGUAAUCGAUUUUGUUAUGCACAUGUUGUACAUAAACCAACAUGAAUUUUUUUUAUUUUUGAA